AUGGCAACACCAGGACCAACAUUUAGAAGAUCUGCAAUACCUAAAUGCGAUAAAAAUAUCAAACCAAUCCAUCUCUUUGAAUUGUUCUUUGAUAAUGCUUUAAUACAAAAACUUGUCACUGUAACAAAUAACUACCAUUCAAGAAGGUUACAAUCUUCUCCUAUAAAGUAUAGAAUGGUAUGGGUUGAUGUUACGUCAAAUGAAAUUAAAGUAUUUAUAGUAAUUUGUUUAGCCAUGGGAAUAAUAAAACUUUCAUGCAUCCAUGAUUACUGGAGACAAAAACUUUGGUUUUUUGCUAUUCCAUCUUUUAGUAAAAUAAUGUUUCGUGAUCGAUUUAGACAAAUUCACCGUUAUCUUCAUUUUUGCAAUGAGACAGCAGCAAUACCAAGGGGUAAUGAAGGAUACGACAAACUCUUCAAGGUGCGUAUGCUGCUAGAUGACCUUUGUCCUAAUUCAAGAAAUCUUUAUAAACCAAAAAGAGACACUUGCAUUGAUAAGAGUAUGAUACCUUUUAAAGGAAGAAUCUCUUUCCGAAAAUUUAUUCCAAGCAAACGUACAAGAUUUGGAAUAAAAGCUUGGGUAAUGGCAGAGCCAUCUACCGGGUACAUAUCAGAGUUCUUGAUUUACACUGGAAAAGAUAUUGAUGGACAAAAGCACCAUCAUCUUGCAGGAACUAUUGUCUGUUAA